ACUCUAUGCGUGACAGCGUCAUUUGAAAAUAUGGUUUUAAGACUUCUCUUUUGUCUUCUUCAGCCAGUUGGUGUCGUGGAUGUGGUCCAUAAUGGGGGUGCCUGGGGGUUUGUUGUUGCUCCCAAUUUUGCUGAUUUUUACAGGAAGCACUUCAGGGACACUUGUCUCCAGCUGUGAUUCGUGUCAUGAUGAAGCCGCCUGCCUGGAGUCACGAGAAAGAGGAGACUCGUUCACCAGCCAGACGUUCUCUUGUGUCUGUAAAGAUGGCUUUGUAGGCAAUGGUCUCACCUGUUAUGAUAAAAAACUCUGCCGUGACUCCUCUUGCUGUAGCCGAGGUUAUCACUGGUCACCAGACAGGGGCUGUGUGGACACUGACGAGUGCUCCCUCCCAGACUCACCCUGCGCCCCACCUCAGGUUUGCCUAAACACCCCAGGCUCUUUCGACUGCUUGGAGCCCCCCACCAGGACCAGAGCGGGCCCUGCUUCCCAAUCUGUUCAGUUCAACUGUGGACACACAGUUUGUCCUUUAGGCAUGGAUUGCAUCAGUAAUGAUGGGACUCUGCGCUGUGCUGACCCCUGCGAACACUACACCGUAGUGGAUGACGACUGGCGUUCAGUGAAUAACACAUCGAAUCAGAACAUACACUGUGACCAAAAUAUUAACUGGCAAGGCUGGUAUCGCCUGCUUCUGGGGGCAACCAGUGCUCAUAUUCCAGAGAGGUGUGUAGGUGAAAAUAAGUGUGGAACUCAUGCUACUAUGUGGAUAACACAACCUCAUCCCACACACUCAGAUGGAAUUGUAAUUCGGACUGUGUGUAGUGCCUGGGCCGGCAACUGCUGCUUUUUUAGCUCACACACCAUCCAUGUCAAGCUCUGCUAUGGACACUACUAUGUCUACAAACUUGUGAAGCCAUCCGGAUGCAACUUUGCAUACUGUGCAGAGGUGAACAGAACAGGCCCUGCAGUCUUACCAACCACACCUGAUUAUCAGACCAGACCAGAUUACAUCACCAGCCCUCAGGUGCCAACUAACAUCAGUACCACAACAUCAGCAGACAACAGCACAGCAGUUGAGGGGCAGGUCCGCCUGGCCAAUGGAGGAAACAGCUCCUGCUCUGGCAGAGUGGAGAUCUUCCACCGUGGACAGUGGGGGACGGUGUGUGACGACGCCUGGGACCUGGUUGAUGCUCAGGUGGUGUGCAGACAACUGGGCUGUGGCAGGGUCCUGUCAGCACCACAAGCUGCACGCUUUGGACAGGGCAGAGGGCCCAUCUGGUUGGAUGAUGUCAUGUGCAGAGGCAGCGAAUCAAAGCUCAGCGACUGCAGCCACAGAGGGUUUGGAUCUCACAACUGUGGUCACAAUGAAGAUGCUGGUGUCGUCUGUGAAGCUGGUUCACCUGUGAGGCUGGUCAACUCUGGCAACCGCUGCUCUGGCAGAGUGGAGGUCUACCAUGAAGGACAGUGGGGGACAGUGUGUGACGAUAUCUGGAACUUGAACACUGCAGACGUGGUGUGUAGACAGCUGGGCUGUGGCACGGCUCGUUCAGCACUAACAAAUGCAGCUUUUGGACAGGGCAGUGGACCCAUCUGGUUGGACAAUGUCAUUUGUUUUGGAAAUGAGUCAUCGAUAACAGACUGCAGACAUCCAGGGUUUGGGGUCCAUGACUGUCGUCACAAUGAGGAUGCUAGCGUCAUCUGUGAAGUUCAACCAGAUUUCAACAGUACAGUCUUACCAACCACACCUGAUCCAACAGCUGAGUACUUCACCAGCCCUCAGGUGCCAACUAACAUCAGUACCACAACAUCAGCAGACAACAGCACAGCAGUUGAGGGGCAGGUCCGCCUGGCCAAUGGAGGAAACAGCUCCUGCUCUGGCAGAGUGGAGAUCUUCCACCUUGGACAGUGGGGGACGGUGUGUGACGACGCCUGGGACCUGGUUGAUGCUCAGGUGGUGUGCAGACAACUGGGCUGUGGCAGGGUCCUGUCAGCACCACAAGCUGCACGCUUUGGACAGGGCAGAGGGCCCAUCUGGUUGGAUGAUGUCAUGUGUAGAGGCAGCGAAUCAAAGCUCAGCGACUGCAGCCACAGAGGGUUUGGAUCUCACAACUGUGGUCACAAUGAAGAUGCUGGUGUCGUCUGUGAAGCUGGUUCACCUGUGAGGCUGGUCAACUCUGGCAACCGCUGCUCUGGCAGAGUGGAGGUCUACCAUGAAGGACAGUGGGGGACAGUGUGUGACGAUAUCUGGAACCUGAACACUGCAGACGUGGUGUGUAGACAGCUGGGCUGUGGCACGGCUCGUUCAGCACUAACAAAUGCAGCUUUUGGACAGGGCAGUGGACCCAUCUGGUUGGACAAUGUCAUUUGUUUUGGAAAUGAACCAUCGAUUACAGACUGCAGACAUCAAGGGUUUGGGGUCCAUGACUGUCGUCACAAUGAGGAUGCUAGCGUCAUCUGUGAAGUUCAACCAGAUUUCAACAGUACAGUCUUACCAACCACACCUGAUCCAACAGCUGAGUACUUCACCAGCCCUCAGGUGCCAACUAACAUCAGUACCACAACAUCAGCAGACAACAGCACAGCAGUUGAGGGGCAGGUCCGCCUGGCCAAUGGAGGAAACAGCUCCUGCUCUGGCAGAGUGGAGAUCUUCCACCUUGGACAGUGGGGGACGGUGUGUGACGACGCCUGGGACCUGGUUGAUGCUCAGGUGGUGUGCAGACAGCUGGGCUGUGGCAGGGUCCUGUCAGCACCACAAGCUGCACGCUUUGGACAGGGCAGAGGGCCCAUCUGGUUGGAUGAUGUCAUGUGCAGAGGCAGCGAAUCAAAGCUCAGCGACUGCAGCCACAGAGGGUUUGGAUCUCACAACUGUGGUCACAAUGAGGAUGCUGGUGUCGUCUGUGAAGCUGGUUCACCUGUGAGGCUGGUCAACUCUGGCAACCGCUGCUCUGGCAGAGUGGAGGUCUACCAUGAAGGACAGUGGGGGACAGUGUGUGACGAUAUCUGGAACCUGAACACUGCAGACGUGGUGUGUAGACAGCUGGGCUGUGGCACGGCUCGUUCAGCACUAACAAAUGCAGCUUUUGGACAGGGCAGUGGACCCAUCUGGUUGGACAAUGUCAUUUGUUUUGGAAAUGAGUCAUCGAUAACAGACUGCAGACAUCAAGGGUUUGGGGUCCAUGACUGUCGUCACAAUGAGGAUGCUAGCGUCAUCUGUGAAGUUCAACCAGAUUUCAACAGUACAGUCUUACCAACCACACCUGAUCCAACACCUGAGCACUUCACCAGCCCUCAGGUGCCAACUAACAUCAGUACCACAACAUCAGCAGACAACAGCACAGCAGUUGAGGGGCAGGUCCGCCUGGCCAAUGGAGGAAACAGCUCCUGCUCUGGCAGAGUGGAGAUCUUCCACCGUGGACAGUGGGGGACGGUGUGUGACGACGCCUGGGACCUGGUUGAUGCUCAGGUGGUGUGCAGACAACUGGGCUGUGGCAGGGUCCUGUCAGCACCACAAGCUGCACGCUUUGGACAGGGCAGAGGGCCCAUCUGGUUGGAUGAUGUCAUGUGCAGAGGCAGCGAAUCAAAGCUCAGCGACUGCCGCCACAGAGGGUUUGGAUCUCACAACUGUGGUCACAAUGAGGAUGCUGGUGUCGUCUGUGAAGCUGGUUCACCUGUGAGGCUGGUCAACUCUGGCAACCACUGCUCUGGCAGAGUGGAGGUCUAUCAUGAAGGACAGUGGGGGACAGUGUGUGACGAUGGCUGGGACAUGAAGGACGCCAACGUGGUGUGUAGACAGCUGGGCUGUGGCACGGCUCGUUCAGCACCAACAAAUGCAGCUUAUGGACAGGGCAGUGGACCCAUCUGGUUGGACGAUGUCAGUUGUUUUGGAUCUGAACCAUCGAUAACAGAUUGCAGACAUCCAGGGUUUGGGGUCCAUAACUGUGGUCACCAAGAGGAUGCUAGUGUUGUUUGUGAAUUUCAGCGCCCUCCACCCCUGCCUUCUCAGCUUAUUUGUGGCCGUGAUAAACUCCACGUGGGGCUGGAUCUGGCUGGCUUUACAUCCUCUGGUUUGAACCCCUUCUCUGGCAACAUGGCAGCACGCAACUGCACCUGGGUCAGAGUGCGUGAUGACGUAGUGUGGUAUGAAGUUGAGGCCACGGCAGGUGCCUGUGGAAACACAUUGAGGACCAACAGCACACAUGCCAUCUACUCCAAUAGCUUAUUUAUCUACCCAGUAGACAACGCAACCUUUGUCCUUCCUGUUAGUAUUCCCUUCUCCUGCGCGUAUCCCCUGGACACCGACACCAGCAUGAAUGUGGCUAUCAGACCAUUCCUGGCACUGGCAGGUGGCAUUUCAGGCUCGGGUACCAAAGCCAGAGCUUCCAUGUCUCUGUUCCGCAACUCCAACUACACAGAGUCUUAUCCAGCAGGCCGGGUCACCCUGCCAGUGGGCUCGCCGUUGUACGUGGGCGUCUCUGUAGAGGAGAGAGAUCCAAGCUUUGCAGUUGUUCUGGAGGACUGCUACGCCACUCACUCAUCAAACCCUGAUGAUUCCAAGCAAUACCCUCUCAUCCAGAACAAGUGUCCCGCUGACCGCCGACAGGUGUCAGUGGUUGAGAGCGGCUCAUCCCUCCGGGCUCGUUUCUCCGCGCUGUUCUUCCUGCUCCAGAAUGAAUACAGAGACGUUUACCUUCACUGCAGCCUCAGCCUGUGUGAACGGAGGAGCUCCUCUUGUGUUCCACCUUGCACAAGAAGGACCUACCGCUCUGUUUCCAACUCUGAUCCCCUGACUACCCUCACCAUUGGACCAAUCAUUUGGGACAAGUCACCUGAGUGAGCUGGUAACAUGCAGUAAUAAUACAAACAUUUUUUAUUAAUGAGACAUAAGAUUAUGGCUCUGGUGUUAAAUUACAUAAUAAUUCUUACCACGCUUUGUAUCAUUCCUCAAUUCUAUUAAAUUUGUAAUGGUUGUGUUAUUAAUUACCAAUCAAAAAAAACUAUCGGGGUUAUAAUGAAAGUGAAUUGAAGUUUUAAAAGAUUUUUUUGCAUUUGUUUAAAAUGAUUUUUUUCUGUAACUUGGCAUAUAGGAAUCAUUUUUCAAAACAAAAGCAUGGAUCAUUCUUUAGAUCCAAUGACAAUUUUCCAUAUUAUAGUGUGCAACUAAUAUGUGUGUAUGUGGUAUAAAAUCAAAGAAAAACAAAACUCUGUACCUUGGUAGAAUAUGCAAAUAAAAUGUAAAAAUUGCAACCAUGA